CCAGCCGCCACGUCAAAGACCGACCGGGAGUCCAUAAUCGAGCGCACCCUGGUGUCGCGCUGACUGACUAGUCGGUGAAUGAGAUAAACAAAGAGCCGGUGACUUUUCAGGACGACACACUCCGCUCCUCAAGCUCCUCGGCGACAUGGAAACUGGUUUGAGUCAGGAGAAGGUAGCCACCUUCCUCAAGCGGCUGCGGGCCGAGCCACGUUACCUGUUGGCUCAGAACGUGUCCACAUGCAUCGACCCGCUGGAGGUUUGUCUGCACCGGCAGACUGUCCAGGAUACCGUGCACAUCUUCCAGCACUCUAUCCCAACAGAGGGCAAACCAAUCACCAACCAGAAAAACUCAGGGAGAUGUUGGAUCUUUUCGUGCCUCAACGUCAUGCGACUCCCCUUCAUGAAGAAGUUUAACAUAGAGGAGUUUGAGUUUAGUCAGUCCUAUCUAUUUUUCUGGGACAAGGUGGAGCGCUGCUAUUACUUCCUCCAGGCCUGUGUGGAGACGGCACAGAGGAAGGAGCCAGUAGACGGGCGCCUGGUCCAGUUCCUUCUGUCGAACCCAACCAAUGAUGGAGGCCAGUGGGACAUGCUGGUCAAUCUCAUCGAAAAAUAUGGCGUCAUUCCAAAGAAAUGCUUCCCAGAGUCGCACAGCUCAGAGGCUUCACGCAGAAUGAAUGACAUCCUCAAUCAUAAGCUGAGAGAAUACUGCCUAAGACUGAGGAACAUGGUGGCCAGUGAUGCUACUAAAGCUGAGCUGUCUGAGGCUGUGGACACGAUGAUCGAGGAGGUGUUCCGGGUGGCCAGCGUUUGUCUAGGCAGCCCUCCUGAGACCAUCUGCUGGGAGUACAGGGACAAGGACAAGAACUUCAAUCGCAUGGGACCACUCACCCCUCAAGAAUUCUACAGGGAGCACGUCAAACCUCUGUACAACAUUCAGGACAAAGUCUGCCUUGUAAACGAUCCUCGGCCCCAGAACCCCUACGGGAAGCUGUACAGCGUUGAGUUUCUGGGCAACAUGGUUGGAGGUCGCAGCACUCUGUACAACAACCAGCCAAUCCAGCUGCUGAAAAAGGCUGCAGCUGAUUCCAUCAAGGAUGGAGAGGCGGUGUGGUUCGGCUGCGACGUUGGGAAGCAUUUUCAUGGCAAGCUGGGCAUCAAUGACAUGAAUGUGUUCAACCAUGAGCUGGUGUUCGGUGUCUCGGUGAAGAAUCUCUCCAAGGCAGAGAGGCUGAUAUUUGGCGACUCUCUCAUGACCCACGCCAUGAUCCUCACCGCCGUCACAGACAAGGAUGUGAAGGAAGGCUACGAGAAGUGGAGGGUGGAAAACUCCUGGGGGGAUGACCGUGGGAACAAAGGCUACCUGAUCAUGACGGACGACUGGUUCUCCGAGUACGUGUACGAGGUGGUGGUAGACAAAAAGUUCCUUUCCCCAGAGGUCAUGGAAGUGAUGCAGCAGGAGCCCGUCGUCCUUCCCGCCUGGGACCCGAUGGGAGCUCUGGCAUAACUGCGGAUAUCCAGGUUUUAGCCCCAGCCUCUGGUCUUUUUAACUCCGCCCUAUUCCUCGACUGCUUUUACCUCUCAAUAUCUCCCCCCGACACCUCCUUCCAAGACAACCUGUUCUUCUAGAAAAUAAAGAUUUUGUUUUCUUUUUUACUGGGA